AGAAAAAAAAGUAACACAAAUGUCAACGCAAACAAAACUUGAAAAACUAUGUCAAAAUUAAUUCUAAAUUUAGUGUAAAAAACAAAACAUUACAACAGUUCUUUUUAUGCAGAAAUCCAUGUAUUGUUUUCAUCUAAACGAAUAACAAAAACACAGCACGAUGGCAGAGAAGUGUGAAUCAAAUCCCAGUGAUGGCUCCAGCUCCCCUAACCAGGAGGACAAGGCUAGUGGCAACUGGUGGGACUCAUGGAUAUCAUCCGCUAAGACAAAGUCAGCUGAAGUGUACACAAUGGUGAAAAAGGAUCUGGAUGAAAUAGGCUCAGCUGUCAAGAGCGAGGCCAGCCAUGUCUUCAGUUCCACUUCUAAUGUCAUUGGAAAGACACUGAAGUUGGACAGUCCAGAAUCAGCUGCUAAUGUAAUGAAGAAAAGUUUCAGCAGCUUUAUUGGUCAAGUGAGCACAGUGUUGAACCCUGAGCCUGAUGACGAGGAUGACACGGAAGUUAUCCUGUCUUCAGGGGACACCACCAUGCUAUCCACAUAUAAAAAAGAACUAGAAGCUCUCCAACGCGUAGAUGCCACAUACAUAGUCCCGGCGUACAGUCCAGAGUUCGAAGCCUGGCGUUCCAGCCUGGAAAACUCAGAGUCCGUUAUAAGUCCACCCUCAGCCGUCCGGCGCUUGCAGACCAACCCAGUGCUGAAGGCACAGUAUGACAAGCUUGUUCCUGAUGCUGUGUCCAAUGAGGACUUUUGGGAAAGAUAUCUGUUCCGCGUGGCGCUGCUGCAAGACCGGCUGGCCGCAGCGUCCCGCAAGCAGCCCGCGGACGAAGCCACGCCCACAGAGGACCCCGUGCUGGCACAUUUGCCGCUGCAGACGCCCAUCCAACAGAGUCCCAAAAGAGUUGUCCCCGACGUUGUUACUGAGAAAAUCUACGAAACUCCAGAACCAGAGGACAAUGUUGUUACCUGGGAAGAUGAAGAUUUCGCGAAUGACGUAGAACUAACCGAAGAGCAACAGACUCUACUUUUAGAGGAGUACGAGAGAGAGAUAGCUUCUAAAAAAACUAAACCCGCGCGAGACGUCACAAACAAUAACAUUAAAAAAGACGAAACGGACGCCAGAGACAAACUAAACAAUAAGACCACAGAAAAAAAACAGAGCAUAGGCAAGAGAAACAAAAAUAAUUCUCCAAUUAAAGGGAAAACGGAUGAAUGCGGUAACAAUUUAGUUGAAGAUUAUUUCGGUGAUAAAGACCAGGUUAAAGAUGACGCGAGCGCUAAUUCCGACGAAAGUUGGGAAAAGGAGUUUGAAUUUGAAGAACCUGUUGAACAGAAAGCCUGAUUUUUGGCUUACAUCACUUCGGUGUAUGCGUCGAAAUGACGACCAGUCGCCGAAUUGAAUGCUUUGAACAGAAUGAAACCAAUAUAAAUGGACUAGACAAAAAAUAGAGCAUAAUAAUAAUAAUUAUUAACUACGGACAAAAAAAAUCAGUAUGAAACAUCCUUUGUUUUAUCAUUUAUUGUUAUAUAGUAUGGGUGUGGGUGUACGUCUAUACGAUUUUCAUUAAAAUCAAAAAUACAAAAAGACUAUAGUUACAGUGAAAGCCAAAUACCAGAAUUUUCAAACUAACAAACAAAAAGUGAUUGAUAGACUAUAAGGUGAGCUACAAAAAAAGGUUGUUCUGGAAUUUCGUACGUUUUUGUGUAAAUGUGAUAACUGACAGCUUACCUCCGUAUUCUC